AUGGCAUCUACCCUCCUAAUCGGCAGCACCGGGCUCGUAGGCGCGCACAUACUGAGCACGCUGCUCGCCAGCGACGCUGCGGGCGCGGUGCACACCAUCUCGCGGCGGAGCCCCAAGUCGACUGGUCCCAAGCUGCAUGCGGUGGUCGAGGCCGACACGGCCAAAUGGGCAUCCCAGCUCUCGGCCAUCACCCCUCCCCCGACGACGGUCAUCUCGUCCCUGGGGACGACACGCGCCCAGGCGGGGGGCAUCGCAAACCAGUGGAAGAUCGACCACGAUUUGAACGUGGACCUUGCGCGCGCAGCCAAGCAGGCCGGCGUGCGCAACUUUGUCUUUGUCUCGAGCGCCGGCACCAGGAGCUUCCUAAGCUCGCGCGUGCCGUAUAGCCAGAUGAAGCGGGGCGUAGAGGAUACGAUCAAGGAGCUCGAGUUCGAGACGGCCGUUAUCCUCAGGCCCGGGGUCAUCCUGGGCGAGCGAGAGGUGCCGCACGCGGGCGGACCGCUGCUCAACAGUACCGUGAGGGGACUGGGCAAACUGCUUGGGCAAGGCGUGGCCGACAGGUUGGGCCAAGAGGCCGAGGUGAUUGCACAGGCUGCGGUGCAUGCUGCCAGGCUUGCGGAGGAAGGCAAAGCGCCGGCGAAGUAUUGGAUCCUGGAGGCGGCGGAUAUUGUACGAUUGGGCCGGACGGAGUGGAAGAGUUAG